GUCGUAUUGUACGUGGUUUUCGAAAAGGUGCGCAAAUGAAAACACACACAUAAACGACUGCACACAACGAGAAAGUGCCAUUAAACGAAAAAUUACAAUUAUUUUUUUAACGAACAAAUUAAACGAAUAUAUUCAUUAGAGUAAAAAAAAAAACAGAGAGCAUAUACAUUGACACUUACAAAAUGCGUUUCAAAAUCGUGCUAGCUUUCACGCUAGUCUAUACUUUUGUGGCUUUAGUCAUAGCGAACGAGAAUUACUCAUCGGAACUCGACAAUGAUGUACAAGUGAUUGACCCAAAUCUGAAAGCUUCUAAGGAUGCUGAAUUUGUAGAAGUAGUGCCGGAAAUUGUGCAAGAACAAGCGAAACCUACACCCAAACCGGUUACUACAACUGUGUCGCCAACAACAAAGGCAACAACGCAAAAACCGAAAUCAGCGAUGGCGAUCGCUCCACGCGCGGGGAACUUUGUGACCCCAAGAAAUAUGACACGCACGUUUUUGCAAACAGCAGGAGCAUUAAAAGUUAGCGAAGACUUCUACCUCGGCGAGUUGGGUCUCGAUGUGAAUAGUGACGAUGGCUACGAUUGGUCUAAUAACAAUAAUCCCGUUGCACCGCCAAAUGUACCUUCACAGGCAGCUAACGGCUAUGUCAUCACUUCCCAGGUUUUACAAGAGAUCCGUUCAAAUUUGAUGUAUUGGUAUUUCGAUCAAGAUAUGUAUGGCGGACGUGGUGACUAUCAAUACGACAUACACGCUUCGAUGACACAGUUGCAUAAGAACUUAAAUUUCCGCUUGCCAUUCUUUGGAUUCAUUUACAAUUAUACACGGCUUUCACUCAACGGAUACUUGGAGUUCUCAGAUCCACCAGAAUAUCUUACAUAUCCGCUCGUCUUCCCCGUCAGGGAUUUUCCAAAGCGACGCGAUCCCGCAUUUAUUGGUAUAUGGUUCUCAAAAUGUCGUGUUGGGCGCAUAUAUCCAACGGAUGUUGAUCAACGCACACCUGGUGUCUAUUUUAGGCUUGAACGUGAUCUGAUUACACGUACCGACCGUUUUGGUGUCGAGGUGCGUGAACGUACCAUGUGGGAUAUACGCGAGGGGGUCGUUGGCGCUGAGACGUUCAUACCGAAACAUGUUAUUAUCGCAACAUGGAAAAAUGUUUCAUUUGCUGGUGGUAUUGACAAUGCGCUUUUCAGGACAAAUACUUUCCAAAUGGUUUUGGCUACCGAUGAGGUGUACACAUAUGCCAUAUACAAUUAUGAUUUACUAACAUGGUCGUCAAAUACAGAGGCUGGUGGUGAUACAACGACUGGUGAGGGUGGCGUACCAGCUUUUGUGGGCUUCAAUGCGGGAAAUGGUACACGCUCAUAUGAAUACACGCCUUACAGUCAACAGAUGGUGAUACGCGAUUUGACGGGACGUGGAUGGGGUAACGGCUUCCCUGGACGCCAUCUAUUCCGCAUAGAUGAACAAAUUUUAAUUGGCUCUUGUAACAAAGAUAUCGAUGCCUCGCAUUUGCCUUUGACAUUUGCUCCAGAGGCUGGUAAUAUGUUGGGUGGCACUGUGGUCAAUAUUACCGGCCCUUGCUUCGAUCCGAAGAUACGUGUGACUUGUCACUUCGAUACCGAGGAUGUGUUGGGCACUUAUGUGAGUAAGAAUCGUGUGAUUUGUGUGCAGCCAUUCUUGAAGGCUGAAGGUUGGGUGCGCUUUGAAAUUUCUAUUGGUAGUCAGCGUUUCAAAUGGCGUGGCAGAUAUUUUGUCGAAACUCCGGCUUUGGCUACGGAGAAAAUUUUCUUCGAAACCGAGGAUGUGCACAAGAGAGAUCCGGAUCAGAUACAAAUCAGCUGGGAUCCUUACAAUUUAACUUCAAAUGGAAAUGCUAAUAUAAUGAUUUCUCUGUGGGGCUAUCGCGAAAUUACUAUUUAUCCUCAAUUCGAAUAUAUUGAUUCAAUCGAGACUUCCUUGACCAACACUGGCUCUUAUGUGAUUUAUCCUAAAAAUUAUAUAAAUCGUAAUAACUACAACAACGACCUCCAAUUCGGUUUCCUGCAAAUCAAUCUAACCAAUCCGGAGCAGUAUUCGGGUUUGAAGAUCAGUCCCACACUUUGGUCACGUCCCAUUCCACUUGGUUGGUAUUUUAAUAAACAAUGGGAACGUAAACACGGCUUGCGUUGGCCCGAGGCGCUUUGUGAAAAUUGGAUACGAAGCGACCGCUAUUUGAGAACAUUCACUGGCAGCUUGCCGGUCUGUCCUUGUACGCUUGAGCAGGCUGUUUACGACAAAGGACGUUACCGGCCGGAUAAGGAGUGCGACAAGGACUCGAAUCCAACAUGCCUGCGGCACAAGAAUGCUAUACAUUGCGUCGUCAGCGGUAAUCCAGUUGCGGAAGGCGCCGAACAACAAUGCUGUUACGAUCGUUAUGGCUUCCUGAUGUUGACACAGGAUCAAGUAUGGGGCUCACGUCCACGUCGUAAUCACAAUCUUGGAAAAAUGCCUUGGAAUGAGGCUGGCAAAGUACCAACACUUUCUAAUUGGUUCCACGAUAUGCGUGCCUGGUAUUCGUGCUGUCAUUGGCAAAGAGAACAGUCAGUGAAUUGCGAGACCUUCCGUUUCGAACGCCGUCCAUCACAAGAUUGCGUAGGCUAUCAGGCGCCUGGUGUGGCUGGAGUCUUUGGCGAUCCACAUUUCAUCACCUUCGAUGGCACACCGUAUACCUUUAAUGGUUUGGGCGAAUUUGUGUUAUCACGUAGUGUCGAUGCUGGUCAGCGCUUUGAGGUGCAAGGCCGUUUCGAGCAAGUGCCCAAAAAUCAGUAUGGUGCUGUGAUGGCUACACAGCUAACUGCUUUGGCGAUGCGUGGUAAUACGACGACUACCAUUGAGGUGCGCAUACGUCCGAAAUUCGCGCGCUGGCGUUAUGCCUUGGAUGUGCUGGCCGAUGGUCGACGCAUUUACUUCGAUCGUGAGAGCAUGAGAUUCCAGCAUUUUGAUGGUGUCACGGUUUAUACACCCACAUAUUUGCUCAAUCAGUCACAAGUGGUGGUGAUGUUCGACUCGGGAGUGGGCGUGGAAGUAGUUGAGAAUAAAGGCUAUAUGGCAGGACGAGUCUAUUUGCCGUGGAAUUUCAUAAAUAAAACUGCUGGCCUAUUCGGUAACUGGUCUUUCAAUGCGUUAGAUGAUUUCGUCUUACCAGACGGCACAGUUGCAAGCUUGAAUUUGAACAAUUUCCAACAGAUUUACUACAAUUUUGGCUUGAAAUGGAUGUUGGCAGAUCGUAACAUACCGAAUGUGGGCACGGCGCUUUUCUCACGUGAAAAUGGUCUAACAGCUAGCUAUUAUUCGAAUGCUUCAUUCGUGCCGAACUUUGUGCAGGAGCCGCAGGACUUCUUGCCCUCGAAUCGUUCGUAUGAUGUGGAGCGGGCGGAGGAGCUAUGUGGGGAAAGUUAUCAGUGUCGCUAUGAUUAUGGUAUGACGUUGAAUGCGGAUAUGGCGUAUUUUACCAAGAUCUACUACGAUACUUUAGUGAAUAUAAGGAAUUUGAAUUCGAAACGCAUAGUAUCAUGUGGCGUUUUGGAGACUCCUCGCUUUGGCCGGAAAUUGAGUUUCGAUUUCAUGCCAGGCGCCAAGAUUGCAUUCGAGUGCGAUGAGGGCUUUGUAAUUAUGGGAGAUCAGCGUCGAGAGUGCAUGGCCAAUGGUCUCUGGAAUGUUCCUGAGUAUGGUUACACAUAUUGUUUGCGUGAAGUAUUCUAUACGCGACGCAUCGCUUUCAUAGCCAUCGCCAUUAUUGUGUGUGUCAUAUUGCCACUUAUGGUUUGCAUAGUUUGUGGCAUUUACCGCUUCCGUCAGAAACAGCUGAAAGAGGAUCCCUCUUGGCAGAUGACAAUACCACGUUCACGCGCCUCUUCACGUUCCAAUUUGCGUCAACUGAGUGGACCGGACGACGAUAGCGAUACGGAUGCAACAGGCACUCUCAAGAAAACUAAGAAAUGGGAUCUGGAUGACGAGGAUGUGACCUCAUCCGAAGGUGACAAGCCGCGUCAGAUGGGCAGACGUUCGUUACGCGGCAAUUCAGGCACUGAUCAUGAUGAACACGAAGAGGAUGGUACCGCCAUAGAUGAGCCAACGCAUGAGCAAGAGCAAAAACAGGCGCUGGAUACGCUAGAUGCCUCACACUCGGCUGCCUACAAUCAGCCACCAUCACCUGAGACGGAUGACGAGCGAAGUUUACCACAUAACAAUUCCACUCUGCAUCAGCAGUACAGUCCGACAUUUAGUGGCAUCGAUAGCCGCAAUAGCUCCAUGAAUUAUCAACCGAAUGCAGCGGUACAGAAUCGUUUUGGCGGUGUACCGGUGCUGCCCAACAAUACGCAAUUUUUCAAUCGUCCACCGUCGAAUAUCCCAGCCGCUACGGCAAUACCAAUACGCCAAGCACCGACUGCGGCGCCGCAAACGACUGCAGCGGCUCCAUUGUCGCAGGAUAACGGCUUACCAUCGCCUCCAUAUGCUGCUUCGCCUACACCAUCUGUGCAACGCUCCACAGAGGUUUAAAUCGUUGAAUGCACAUUUGUUACAUAUAUACAUAUACUUCUAUAUAUGUAUGUAUAAGCUCAUACAAAUAGAACAAAGCUCGUCAAAAUAUUUUCAGCACUUCUGUACAAAUCGAAAGUAAAUCCUGUUCAUUACCGUCAUAGAAAAAAUCGCCUACUAACCCAACAUCCUAUCCUAUCGUCGUCCACGCACAAAUAACCUAUUCCGAGCAUGUAAUUUUAUUAUAACGUUCAUAUUUUUAGAUACUUACGUGUACAUCAAAUACAGUUUGUCUAACAAAUUACCAAGUUCAAAUCACAUUCAUUUAUUUACAUAAUUAGUAAUUGUUUAGCACUCAUUUCAAAAGAAAAACCAAGCCGCAUAUGCAUUAAUUUUAUGGCCGGCGGCAGAGUUCUGGCUGUCAGCGGGUUCUAAAGCGAGUAUCUGUACAAUUUUGUGCCACAAAUAAUCUCCGAUAUGAUGAUUUUUAGAGGCUCGCAUAUAAUAAAUAAUCGGCAGUGAUUUAUUUAGUAUUGUCGGAACAGACGGCCUGUGGUCGGCAUAAAUUGAUAUUGCAGCCUGUUACAGAAAAAAACAAACAAAUCGAGAAGAAAUUACAGCAGAUUCACUUUUAAUCUAUAAAGGAUUUACACAAGUACUAAAACAAUGAAUUAAAUCCACUUCUGAGUUAAAAUCAUACAUUCAUUCAUAACAUACAUACUUACAAAGAAAAUGAACAACUUACUAAAAAUCAUUGCACUCACUUGCUAAGCAUUUAUGUAAAUGUAAAAGUAACAUACAAAUACAUAUGGACUUAUGUACAAAUGACUUUAACAAGAGUGGCAUCACAAUUCCCUUUACAAUUCAAUAGCGAAGAUUAAUCCAUUGUACCAGUUUUACUA